CUUCUAGUCCGUGCCGAUCACUUACUCACACCUAUCCAAACUGACCUGCACUCAGCCUAUAACGCUCCAUUCAUUUCCUGUCCAUAUACCUGUCAAUUUUUACUUUAAAUGACAAUACCGAACCUGCCUUUACCACUUCUACUGGAAGCUCAAUCCACACAACUACCACUCUCUGAGUAAAGAAAAUACCCCUCGUGCUACACUUAACCGUUUGACCCUUAACUCUCAAAUCAUGUCCUCUUGUUUGAAUCUCUCCAAUUCUCAAUAAAAAAUACUAUCCACGUCAACUUGAUCUAUCCCCCUCAUUAUUCCCUAUCAAGUCCCCUCUCAACCUUCUAAGCUCCAAAGAAUAAAGAACUAACUUGUUCAAACUUUCCCUGUAACUUAGGUGGUGAAACCCAGGUAACAUUCUAGUAAAUAUCCUCUGCCUCUCUAUUUUGUUGACUUCUUUUCUAUAAUUCAGUGACCAGAACUGUACACAAUACUGCAAAUUUGGCCUCACCAAUGACUUGAGCAAUUUUACCAUUACAUCCCAACCCCCAUACUCAAUGCUCGGAUUUAUAAAGGCCAACAUACCAAAAGCUUUCUUCACCAGCCUAUCCACAUGAGAUUCGAAAAAAAAUAUAUUGAGGCUCCAGUCGGUCUUGAACUCACAAACUCGUGGUAUAACAAAACCAGUGCUUUAAUUCACAAAAAAAACAAACAGCCCCAUCCAGUAACGUACUUGUCAAUCUCCUCCUCACUCUUUCGAGCUGAAUACCAUCCAUCCUCUAGAUUAACAAUUGCAACUGUAUGUAAAGCUCUCUCAGCGUGUCUUUAAGUUUAGCUACUAGAAAUGCACGCAAGACUCUUCAAUUGCCAAUGACUUGUAUAGUUGUUCCAUGACGAUCAUCAUCCAGGAGACGGGACGGGACCCAGGGGACCAGGCUUCAGGGGCUCAAUGUUAUGGUCAGUCUGUAACCCAGGGGAAUGGACAUUGUUCAUCACAAGGCAAUGGUCAAUCUUUGACCCAGGGGACUGGACAUUGUUCGUCUCAAGGCAAUGGUCAGUCUGUGACCCAGGGGACUGGACAUUGUUCGUCUCAAGGCAGUGGUCAGUCUGUGACCCAGGGGACAAGACAGUGUGUGACAAAGCAAACAGAGAACGUGUUACCUACAGGAUCGGACCAUGAGUAAUGCAAUGGCGUGUCUGUGUGUGACACAGGUGACUGGACAGUUUGUGAUCCAAGUGAUUUAUGUUUAUUUAUGCUUGAUGAUCCCAGUGAUAAUUCCCGGUAUCACCUGAUGCCGUUCCAUUAAUAACCGUUGGUUAUCAGGGCAUUCAACUAAUGCGUAUUCCGAUAACAGUAUUACUGUGUCUAUACACUUCUUUUUCUGGGAGUGGAUGUGUCCAGACACUGGUUUGUCGUGAUGGUCACCUAGCAGGAAGUGUGGUUCACAUUCACCAGCACAGUCCCACUCCAAAUCUAGUCAGUCAGAGUCUCGGCUUCAUUGCAGACACCCAUUGUGAAACCUUGUUCGAGUAUAAAUCACUCCGAACCUGCUAUUCAUCAUUCACUUCCGAUGGGAAAUUAAAGCGGGUACGAAAAGUAGUCAAGAGGUUUUUACUAGGCAACUCACCGAGGGAAGAUCAUCGGGACGCGGGAAGCAAGGUACCAAAACAGGGUCAGAUUGAGAGCAAUGUCACAAUGGAAUGUGACAGCCGCAGCGGAGGAGGAGCAAAGUCAGCCCGUAGACAGUUACGUCAGAGACACCGAGCAGGACCUUGGAAAUGGCACAAGCGAGGCGACUGCCUGUCAGCUCGGAAGCUCACUGAACACGGAGUUGUCAACUCCCAAACAAGAAGCGGAGCCAGAGUUUACAAUCUCCGACCUCCUGGCAGAGGGGGGCGAGUAUCGACUGUACCAGCUGACAAAAUUCUACAGGGACAGACUCAAACAAGCGAUUGAAGAAAAGGUUGAAAGACUCGGUUGGAUGUUGACAAAGGAGGGACAUUUCAGUAGAGAAGAAAAUGAGAAAGUCACUGAGCUGACAGAGAAGGGAAACCGGGCAGAGAGUUCCAGACUCUUCCUCAGUUUGGUGAUGGGCAAAGGCUCCCGGGCCCGGAGGGCGAUGUGGGAAUCCUUUGUGACAUGGAGGACUGAGUUACCGAAGUUGGACAGAAUACUGAGGGAAGUACAGGAGCUCGGUCCUGAUCCACAAGAAUACAUGGACAUCGGCCAAGUGUUAUCUGAGUUACCCUCUCAUCUGAUAGAUGUUCAGCAGAAACACAAGGAGACUCUGAGGGCACAAACUGAAACACUGAGAGUGAACACGAUCCUGAUGAGGGAGAAGGUGAAGGUUUUCAAGCUGGUUGAUCGAUACGCUGAGCUCACGGUCAUUUCUACUGUUCGAGAUCGGACACUGGUGGAACAUGAGCUGCUGGCAAGAGGCAGAGACCAUGAGGAAUUGAGAGAGAACCAUCUCCGCCGAAAGCUGGAAAAAAUCCGGACUGAUCAGUUGUUCCAGAGUAGCUUUUCCCGGAGUAAAUCCAAAUCUGGGAGCUCGGCAGCAGUGGCUGGAGUCCCGGGGAUUGGGAAAACAACAAUGAUACAAAAGAUUGUUUAUGACUGGGCCACGGGGAAAAUAUACCAACAGUUCCAGUUUGUAUUCAGUUUCAAAUUCCGGGAUUUAAACACCAUUAACUGCAGAAUAAACCUGAAGGAACUGAUUCUGGAUCAGUAUCCUUACUUUGGGAAUAUCCUGAGAGAGGUCUGGAAGAACCCAGAGGGAUUGCUGUUUAUAUUCGAUGGUUUGGAUACAUUCAAUGACAGAAUUGAUUUUUCUGACAGUCGCAGAGACACAGAAACUCAGUCCACAUGCACAGAUCCUGAAUUCAAGUGCAAGGUGUCUGACAUUGUGUACAGUUUAAUCCAGGGCAAGCUGCUCCCAGGGUGUUCAGUGCUGGUGACCACCCGUCCCGCUGCGUUACAUUUAUUGAAAAAGGCUCGGAUUAGUGUCUGGGCCGAAAUUCUCGGAUUUGUUAGUGAGGAACGGAAGGAAUAUUUCAUCAGGUAUUUUGAAGAACAUACGAUGGCAGCAGCUGUUAUCAAACACGUGGAAGAGAACGAGAUCCUGUACACCAUGAGCUACAACCCCUCCUACUGCUGGAUCCUUGCUCUGGCACUGGGCCCCUUCUUCACACAAAGAGUCAGGGACCCGCAGCGAGUACCCAAGACCAUCACCCAACUGUACUCCUACUAUAUUUACAACAUCCUGAAAAACCACGGCCGUGAGAUUGAGAACUCCCGCGAUGUGUUUCUCAGGGUUGGUCAGAUGGCCUUCAGAGGAGUGUCCGAGAAGAAGAUUGUGUUUACAGAUGGAGAUUUGAUCAAGUACAAUCUGCAGUCUUCCCAGUUCCUGUCCGGGUUCCUGAUGGAGCUUUUGGAGAGAGAGGAUUCUGCCCGGGGCAUAGUGUACACAUUCCCACACCUCACCAUCCAAGAGUUUGUAGCUGCAGUCGCACAAUUCCUGAAUCCACAUCCCGGGGAUAUCCUGAUAUUCCUUACUGAAGCCCACAACACGACAGAUGGGCGAUUUGAAGUAUUUCUCCGUUUUGUUGCUGGUCUUUCCUCCCCAAUGAUAGCUCGGGGCCUGGAGGAGUUUCUGGGUCCAUUUACUCAUGAAACAACCUGCCGGGUGAUUGACUGGGUGAAGGAGGAGGUUAAACGCCAGAGUGGAAACACGAGGAGUGAAUCUGGUAAAAGGAGCCUCCUGAACAUAUUGCACUACCUGUUUGAGUCUCAGAAUCGUGGACUGGCUCAGGCCGCACUGCGAUCUGUGGAAACACUUUCAUUCAGUGGAAUCACACUAACCCCGAUUGACUGCGCGGUCCUGUCUCAUGUCAUCGGACUCUGUGAUACAAUAAAAUACCUCAACCUAGAGUACUGCCACAUUCAGUGUGAAGGAACCCAGCGGCUGGGACCCGGGUUGUACAAGUGCCGGGAGUUGAGACUUGGGGGGAAUCAGCUGGGAGAUUCAGGACUGAAACUGGUGUCUGCGACUCUGAGGAACCCCGAGUGUAAAAUACAGAAACUGCGGCUGGACAAUGUCGGUCUCACAGAUUCUGGUGCCGAGGAACUCGCCUCAGCUCUCAGUACAAACCCAUUACUGUCGGAGCUGGACCUGAGUUUUAAUAAACUGGGAGAUUCAGGAGUGAAACUGGUGUCUGUGGCUCUGAGGAAUCCGGAGUGUAAAAUACAGACACUGUGGCUGACCCAUGUCGGUCUCACCGAUACGAGUGCCAAGGAUCUCGUCUCCGCUCUCAGUACAAACCCAUCACUGACGGAGCUGUACCUUAGUGAUAAUAAACUGGGAGAUUCAGGAGUGAAACUGGUGUCUAUGGCUCUGAGGAACCCGGAGUGUAAAAUACAGGCUCUGCGUCUGGGGAGUGUCGGUCUCACAGAUUCUGGUGUCGAGGAUCUCGUCUCCGCUCUCAGUACAAAACCAUCACUGACGUGGCUGAACUUGGGAUCAAACUCGCUGACAGACCGAUCUGUCCCCGCUCUCCGCCACCUCAUACUGACCCUCCCGAGUCUGGAGUGGAUCGGGCUGCACUGGAAUCGGUUCAGUGAGGCCGAGGGGAAUAAACUGAGAUCUUUGCGGGGACUCAGACCCGGACUGAUAGUAGUGGAUCUGUGAACAUCUGGCCUUUAACCUUUAUCUUACCUGGAACCCAGACCCGGACUGAUGGUGGAUCUGUGAUCCUGUGAACAUCUGAAUGUGUGAACAUCCCCGCUCGCGGGAUGGGGACAUUUUGACAGAUUCCACACCCUCCAUUUUAACUCCCGCCGUUACAUUUAAUGGCCGUGAUCCAGGUGUGAUUCCCAACGGUUUUAACGGAACUGGCUCCAGUCUCGCGCUGUGUGUUGUUCGUUGUGAUCCUGCACUGACGUAUAUCUCCUCCGGUCCAGCACCAGCUUCCGCCGGAUGUGCGGGUUCAAGACUCCCCCACGCGAGACCCCGGGGUAUUACACAGGCAGGAAGAACCCGGGGGCGGGGCUUAGUCUGGGACACCGGUAUCCCAGGGUGGGAUUAUCCCCGGAGAGAAUCCUUUUGCUCCCUUUGCUGAGGACGGUGCAUUCUGCAGCCUGGCCGAUAUAAUGAUGUUAAAUGGACAAAUCCCUCGGCAGUGACCCUGGAUCUGCAGCGAUCCCGGACACGGCCCUGAAGUGUGAUUUGAUAAUCAUCGGUUCCCCGAUGCAGAGUGACGGUGAGAAACGGGACUGAUUAUUCAACCGGUCAAUCGUUGUCGCCGGCCAGUUAAUUGUGUGUGAGUGUGAGUGAGUCGGGAGCAGCUUAUUUAUUCCCGCACGUCAGCAGCUCACUCGUUGUUUAAUUUAUAUUUGUCAUGAUGAAAUCAAUAAACCGCUGUAACUUUC